UAUAAGUAUUUGGACAUUUGAUGUGGUUACAUCUGUAAAAAUAUAACAUGGCGCAGUCCGAAAAUUAACGUAACUAUUUGCAAAAAUAUAAGUUUUGGAAAUUUUAAGAAAAGUGAGGUUGAGAACCGCAGCGCAGCUCAACACGUGCAGAAUGGAGGGAUUCAAUUUUAAUACCCCCAAAAGAUUGGAUUUCAGUAACAAUAUCAGUAGCAACUGGAAGAAAUUUAAGCAAAAUUUUAAUAUUUAUAUGACGGCAACAGGUCACCAUGAAAAGGAUUCGACCGUAAAAGUGGCGAUAUUUCUAAAUUUAAUCGGCGAAGACGGUGUCGAGUUAUUUAAUACGUUUGAUAUCAGCGAAGAAAAUAAGAAGAAUUUCGAGUAUGUUGUUGAUUGUUUUGAAAAGUAUUGCAAUCCCAAGAAAAACGUAGUGUACGAGAGGUUCGUGUUCCACAAACGUAACCAGCAAGAAGGGGAAACAUUUGAACAAUUUUAUACUGACCUCAAGAAGUUAAGUCAGACAUGCGACUUCAAUUGUCUGGCAGAUGAAAUGCUACGAGACCGAAUAGUUUUAGGAAUAAAAGAUGUGUCGUUACAAGAGAGAUUACUGCGAGUUGAAGAUCUUGAUUUAAACAAAGUGGUAGAUUAUUGUAGGGCAGCGGAAAUAUCCAAAGCGCAAGUAAAAACUCUGCAACACAUUAAUGUUGUCGAUGGAGUAAAGAAACAGUCAUCAAAAUGUGUUAAUGUUUCCAAUAACAACGCUAGUAGCAGCGUUGGCAAAAAUGUAGGUAAAGUAGAAAACAAAAAAUUCAAAUGCCGUAGGUGCCAGACUGUACAUUUUCCAAGAGAGUGCCCUGCAUACGGGAAGCCGUGCAGACGAUGCGGACGACUAAACCAUUUUGCAGUUUCGUGCAGAGUCAAAGCAGUUCGAGAAGUCAUCGCAGACGACAUCGAGGAAAGUGAAUUUGGUGUUAACUCUCUGGAGAUACGAAAUACCGAUGCCGUAACCAAGUCGUGGCGUGAGCAAAUUUUAGUGGAAGGUAAACCAAUCGAUUUCAAAUUAGAUACAGGUGCCGAGGUAGGUACAAGAGACACAGCAAUAUAA